CUCUUGAAAGACCUCGUCAUGGAAAUACAUAAAAGGAAAAGGGCGCCGUUGCAAAAUUUUCAAGAUUGGCCAGGAUUUACUAUGCAUCCACACCGACUUGGCGAAUGAGAAUUCAAAUUGGCUCCGCCUCCGCGACGUCGCAACUAGGCUCCGAGAGCACGCGGCGGCGAAACAGCCAGGGUUUCGCGGACCGAUCAGAAACUUACGUCUUUGAUCAUGGCGUCUGGAUCGCCACGGGGGCGCAUCGAUAAGUUUUUUGUUUCGAAGAAAAGGAAACAAACAUCUCCUGGUUUCAAGUCUGGGAGAAGCAAAAAACAUGUGAAAGCUACCUUUGAAGGCUCUCCAAGUGCCAAAGGUACUCUGGAAAAUUGUUUGGUGACUUCAAAAGACGAUAACAGUCCUAGGUCUUCAUAUACAGUUCAUGAUUCCUUGGCUGGGCUAGAUGCGGUCAGAAGAAAUUUGGCACUGGAGAUUAAUAACUCUUCCAAGGAUGAAUUUAAGCAGCCCUUAUUUUCAGAAGAAUUGCGCCCUGCAACAUCUGAAGCAGUUGAAGUGGCUCAGAACGAAGCAUCUCAUGGAUUAUCUGUAAUGGGUGAAGCUGCAGUUGGAGAUUUGGCAAAAGGUUCCUCAAAAUUUCCCCACGGUGUGGAUAAAUCAGACCUAAAAAAGUUCGCUGCUGAUUUCCUGUCUUUGUAUUGUAGCGAGCUUAAACCAAGUGUAAAUUCACAGUCAGAGCCAGAAGUGAAUGAACAUAAGAGACAUUACAGCCUACUGUGCCUCGAUAGGAUGGAUAAGACAUCCAAGAAGAAGUGCAAUACCAAUGGUUCACAUUUAGAAGGUGAAUUCACUUGCUCUAAAAAGAAAAAUCUUGAGGACAUGCAGCCUGGUGAUGUUGAUAAAACUGUAUUAUCAGUUUUUAGUUCUUCUAGAGAGGUUAUUGAUGGUGAUAGUCCGGUUGAUCUUCAACCAUGCUUGAAAAAAUGCAGCAAUACUCCUAAAUCAUCUGUCAAUAUGACAGAAUUACGUACACCGGGUUCUUUGACUGUUAAAGCAUGCAGUAAUGAGACCCCCAAGUCAAUCCGUGGAAGCUCCAUAUUUUCACCAGGAGAAGCUUUUUGGAAUGAAGCAAUUCAAGUUGCUGAUGGUUUGUGUGCUCCUCAGGCCGCUGAAGAAACUCAUAGUACAACCCGAGAUCAUGUCUUGAACUUGUGCAAUUUGAGAAAUGGUGUCUGUCAUAACAACUCAAUGAAAACAUUGAAUGAGGAUGAGGAGAGAGCCUGGAACAUGGAGUUAAGUGCUUCUUUGGGGUCCCUGGGGAAGCAUGCAAAAGAUCUGCAUAAAGAAGUAUCCCCACUUCCUGUUAAGCAUUUUGACUUUUCAUGCGAGGGCAAAAACCUGAAUGAAAGUACCUCACACCAUCAUGGUGUAGAUGGUUCAAAAUGUGCUACUCAUAAAGGCAGUGAGCAAUCUGAAUGUGGUUCUGUAAAUGUCAAAGGGCUAGAAACCAGUAAUAUCUUGAUUCGAUGUGACAAAGCCCACUCAGACGAAAAGUUGCAUGAGGUACAGGAGAUGACUUCUACUAUUGUAAUUAACAAAGAGGCUGGGGGUAUGUCAUGUCCUGAUAAUGGUUGUAUGACAUCCAAUUCACCAGUAAAUGAAAUCAAGAAUUUGGUUCUUAACCAUGAAUCUGAUGAAGCAAGUACUCCUUCAAGUUUUUUGCGUCUUGAAGAUCGUUCAGAUCUACACAGUUGGCUUCCAUCUGAAAUAUGCAGUACAUAUAGAAAGAGAGGAAUUUCAAAACUGUAUCCUUGGCAGGUUGAGUGCCUUCAGGUGGAUGGUGUUUUACAGAGAAGAAAUCUAGUAUAUUGUGCAUCUACAAGUGCUGGUAAAAGUUUUGUUGCUGAAAUUCUAAUGUUGCGGCGGGUCAUAUCAACUGGAAAAAUGGCACUACUUGUCCUUCCUUACGUAUCAAUUUGUACAGAAAAGGCAGAACAUCUGGAGGUUCUUCUUGAACCACUCGGGAAGCAUGUUCGUAGUUAUUAUGGAAAUCAAGGUGGUGGAACACUUCCUAAAGAUACUUCUGUUGCUGUCUGCACAAUAGAGAAGGCAAACUCUUUAAUAAACAGAUUGCUUGAAGAGGGUCGCCUAUCUGAAAUUGGAAUCAUUGUGAUUGAUGAGCUACACAUGGUUGGUGAUCCAAGUAGGGGCUAUCUUUUGGAACUUAUGUUGACAAAGCUUCGUUAUGCAGCUGGUGAAGGCAAUUCAGAAUCAAGUAGUGGAGAAAGUUCAGGUAGGAGCAGUGGUAAAGCUGACCCUGCUAAUGGUCUGCAAAUAGUUGGAAUGAGUGCGACCAUGCCAAAUGUGGCGGCAGUUGCUGACUGGCUCCAAGCAGCAUUAUACCAGACAGAUUUUCGACCAGUUCCAUUAGAAGAAUAUAUUAAGGUUGGCAACACAGUUUAUAGCAAAAAAAUGGACAUUGUUAGAACAAUUUCAAAAGCAGCUGAUCUUGGAGGUAAAGAUCCAGAUCAUAUUGUUGAACUGUGCAAUGAGGUUGUUCAAGAGGGUCAUUCAGUGUUGAUAUUUUGCUCUAGUCGAAAAGGAUGUGAAUCAACUGCAAGGCAUGUUGCAAAAUUCCUGGAAAGAUUUUCUGUUAAUGUUCGUAACAAUGAAAGCGAGUUCGUUGAUAUUACUUCAGCUAUUGAUGCCUUACGAAGGUGUCCUGUUGGAUUGGAUCCUAUAUUAGAAGAAACUUUCCCUUCUGGCGUUGCCUAUCACCAUGCUGGCCUCACGGUUGAGGAAAGAGAGGUUGUUGAAACCUGUUACCGCAGGGGACUUUUACGCGUCUUAACUGCUACAUCUACCUUAGCUGCUGGGGUUAACCUGCCAGCUAGGAGGGUCAUUUUCCGACAACCCAGGAUCGGUCGUGAUUUUAUUGAUGGGACAAGGUACAAACAGAUGGCUGGCAGGGCUGGUCGGACUGGAAUGGAUGCACAGGGGGAGAGUGUACUAAUUUGCAAACCGGAAGAGAUCAAAAGAAUUAUGGGACUUCUUAAUGAAACCUGUCCACCACUGCAUUCUUGUCUGUCUGAAGAUGUGAAUGGAAUGACUCAUGCUAUUUUAGAAGUUGUGGCCGGCGGAAUUGUUCAAACUGCUAAUGAUAUUCAUCGAUACGUUAGGUGUACUCUUCUCAAUUCCACCAAGCCAUUUCAAGAUGUAGUGAAAUCAGCCCAGGAAUCUCUUCGGUGGUUAUGCCACAGUAAAUUUCUUGAAUGGAAUGAAGAUACCAAGUUAUAUAGCACCACACCCCUUGGGCGUGCAGCUUUUGGCAGUUCUCUCUGCCCAGAAGAAUCUCUUAUUGUGCUGGAUGAUCUUUCAAGGGCAAGAGAAGGAUUUGUGCUUGCAUCUGACUUGCAUUUAGUUUACUUAGUAACACCAAUUAAUGUUGACGUUGAGCCAGAUUGGGAACUAUACUACGAGCGGUUCAUGGAAUUAUCUGCUCUUGACCAGUCAGUUGGCAAUAGAGUUGGAGUGGUGGAACCAUUUUUAAUGCGCAUGGCGCAUGGUGCACCUAUGCGUUCUUCAAAUCAGCCAAGAGAUUUGAAAAGGUUGCAAGGCAAACAUGAAAACAAAUUUGCGGUCACAAACAGUUCAAUCCUUUCAGAUGAUCAAAUGCGACGAGUGUGUAAACGUUUCUAUGUUGCACUGAUCCUAUCAAGACUAGUGCAGGAAGUUCCUGUGGUGGAGGUUUGUGAAGCUUUUAAAGUGGCUAGAGGAAUGGUGCAAACCUUACAAGAGAAUGCAGGAAGGUUUGCAUCUAUGGUUACCAUGUUUUGUGAGAGACUUGGAUGGCAUGAUCUGGAAGGCUUGGUUGCCAAGUUCCAAAAUCGCGUUUCAUUUGGAGUAAGAGCAGAAAUUGUAGAGCUUACUUCAAUUCCAUAUGUUAAGGGUUCUCGAGCAAGAUCACUUUACAAAGCCGGCUUGCGUACCCCUCUAGCAAUUGCAGAAGCCUCCAUUCCUGAAAUUGUCAAAGCUCUUUUUGAAUCUUCUUCAUGGGCUGCACAAGGUUCAGCACAAAGACGGGUACAACUGGGAGUAGCCAAGAAGAUUAAAAAUGGUGCACGCAAAAUUGUCCUGGAUAAGGCUGAAGAAGCAAGGGUGGUUGCUUUCUCGGCUUUUAAAUCACUGGGAUUUAACGUUCCACACUUUUCUCGACCCUUAAUGUCAACUACCGUUGGCGAUCAAGUGAGGCAAGGAACUGCAACCACAUCUUUUGGAAUUGACACUAGCAGUAAUUUUGAUGUGGUGGAGCACAUGAAUCAUAUUUCCUCCAAGCCAUCCAUGGAAGAAAAUGACAAUUCUGAUAAAGUCACUUUGGAAAGUGAAGGAGAGAAGUUAAUAAGAAGAUCGGAUAUCGAUUUGUUGGCUUCAGAAGAAGUAAACUCAACAGCUGCAGUACACUGUAACUUUGGUACCGAAACUUCUGUGGUACCAGUUGAAGGUUCUGUAACCAGUGGUGCUGAACUGAAUGAUACUGUUGGUAAUACCAAAAGUGCAGACAUUACAGACUCUAUUGAUUUAAAAAAACCUAAUGCCAUUUCCAGGAUAGGUGAUGGGUAUCUUUAUUGUGGAGUACCAGAACCACACAACAUUUUGUCUCUUGGCAUUAAGAAUAGCGUUUGUGGGAAAGGCCCUAUCAAUGCAAUUAGUACUCCUGGUGGAUUUGAUUCCUUCUUAGACCUCUGGGAGACUGCACAGGAAUUCUAUUUUGAUGUCCAUUACAACAAAAGAUUGGAUGUGAACUCUGUUGCCCCAUUUGAAAUACACGGCAUAGCCACUUGUUGGGAAAAUUCUCCUGUAUACUAUGUCAAUUUGCCUAAGGAUCUAAUGUGGUCUGACAAAAGAAGAGAGGAUUACUCAUCCAUGUGUAUAUCUGGUGAUAAGAGUAGUGUUUCACUUCCUGAGAAUUGGUCGGAGAUAGUUGAACGAAGAUGGAAUAGGAUUCGUGAAAUAUUGGGAAAAAGAAAUGUUAGAAAAUUUACUUGGAAUCUAAAAGUUCAGAUUCAGGUUCUUAAAAUUCCUGCAGUAUUAGUUCAGAAAUUUGGUUCAGAUCUUGCUGGGAAAAACACGGGCCUUGAACUAAUAGACAACUCAUACUUAUUGUUGUCUCCAGUUAAUAUUAAUGAUGGAAUUGACAUGUCCAUUGUCACAUGGAUCCUCUGGCCUGAUGAGGAGAGAAGCUCCAACCCAAACCUGGAGAAGGAAGUUAAGAAACGGUUAUCCAGCGAGGCUGCAGCAACUGCUAAUCAGAGUGGGAGGUGGAAGAAUCAGAUGCGAAGGGCUGCACAUAAUGGUUGCUGCUGUCGGGUUGCACAAACACGAGCUUUAUGUUCUGCACUCUGGAAGUUGCUUCUUUCCGAAGAGCUUAUUGAAGCCCUCAUGAAUAUAGAAACCCCAUUGGUUAAUGUUCUUGCAGACAUGGAGCUUUGGGGAAUAGGUGUUGACAUGGACGGAUGCCUCCAGGCACGUAAUGUGUUGGCGAAAAAGCUGAGGCAUCUUGAGAAGGAAGCUUAUAAGCUUGCUGGCAUGACAUUUUCAUUAUAUACAGCAGCAGAUAUUGCAAAUGUGCUGUAUGGGCACUUGAAGCUUCCCAUACCAGAGGGGCACAAUAUGGGAAAGCAACAUCCAAGUACUGACAAGCAUUGCUUGGAUUUAUUAAGGCAUGAGCAUCCUAUUAUUCCAGUCAUUAAAGAGCACCGUACAUUGGCAAAGCUCCUAAACUGCACAUUGGGAUCAAUUUGUUCAAUGGCUCGACUAUCAGUGAGGACGCAUAGGUACACACUUCAUGGUCAUUGGCUCCAAACGUCAACAGCAACGGGUCGGCUUUCAAUGGAGGAACCUAAUCUUCAGUGUGUUGAGCAUGUGGUUGACUUCAAAAUGAACAAGGAUAAAGAUGGUGAUGACACCAGCACUGAGCCUUACAAAAUUAAUGCUCGUGAUUUUUUUGUUCCUACGCAGGAUAACUGGUUACUGUUAACAGCAGAUUAUUCUCAAAUAGAACUGCGGCUGAUGGCACACUUUUCUAAAGACUCCUCACUAAUUGAACUUCUUAGUAAGCCGCAUGGGGAUGUUUUUACUAUGAUAGCUGCAAAAUGGACUGGGAAACCUGAGGAUUCUGUUGACUCCAAUGAACGAGACCAGACUAAGAGGUUGGUGUAUGGCAUUCUUUAUGGAAUGGGUGUGAACACCCUCGCAGAACAACUGCAUUGUAGCUCGGGAGAAGCUGCAGAAAAAAUCCAAAGCUUUAAAAGUUCUUUUCCUGGUGUUGCUUCUUGGCUCCAUGAAGCGAUUGCAUCUUGCCGUCAGAAAGGAUAUGUGGAAACCCUCAAGGGGAGAAAGCGUUUCUUGUCAAAAAUUAAAUUCGGAAACAAUAAGGAAAGAUCAAAAGCCCAGAGACAAGCUGUCAAUUCUAUUUGUCAGGGAUCUGCUGCCGACAUUAUUAAGAUUGCGAUGAUAAAUAUUUACUCUGUGAUUGCCAAAGGAGUUGAUAAGCCUGACUCUGGUUCACUUGCAACACAGUUUGAAGUUCUCAAAGGCCGCUGCCAAAUUGUAUUACAGGUACAUGACGAAUUGGUACUGGAAGUUGAUCCUUCCGUGACAAAGGAAGCUGCAUUGUUGUUGCAAAUGAGCAUGGAAAAUGCUGCCCUUCUUCUUGGUAUGCUAUCUACGGUUCAAAAUUUUUAUAUUCGGAGAAUUUGUUCCUUCUGUAGUUUAUUCAUGAUUUGUUUUUCAGUUCCUUUGCACAUCAAACUGAAAGUGGGAAGAACGUGGGGUUCUUUGGAACCCUACCAGGCUGAUCAAUUUUGAGAUGAGCUAUUAUGCCUGAUCGUGAAUUCUAGGGGGAGGUUUUAUUCUGGCAAAGGAAACCGAAAGUGUGUCAUGACAGUCAAUGGUGCUGAUUGAUGGACAUUUGAAGCAGUAUGUUAAUUUUGAUCGAGUUAAAUGCCAAUUAUCAGUUUUCCUAGUUAUGAAUCAGCACAUCCCUUCACAUAUUCUCGUGCCAGAUUUAACUCUUCAUACACAGGGCAGCCAUCUUAUCUAUUCUAGUCAUGCAGAGGGUGUUACGACUUGAUUGAAUCACUUGAGUUGCAGUUGCAGUUUUAUAUUGGCUGUCAUUGGGAAGGUUUGCUUUGAAAGAAGAUAUUUGAGAGGUUUGAACAUCCCUGGGACCGUAGCCAGACAGAUCUUGCAUUUGGAAACUGGCAUCCAUAAAUUACCUUUUGGUAGAAACACUGAAGUUAGCGAUGGGAUUUUUGGCUUGAACUGAUGGUAGCCUGAAAAUGGG